CAAAAAUCUGCUUAAAGGUCUCUUAAAAAAAUAACUUGCAAUGGGGAAAAAAUCUUUACAAAUUCAAGAAAAAUGCUGAAUUGAAUGCUGAAUUGCUAUGCAUUGCUAUGCACGUCCUUCAGGGAAUUAACAUUUAUAAUAUCCCCAAUUAUUAAUCAUAUCAGUCAGUUCGUAAUUGAUAUGAAAAUUGAGCUUCAGACACUUAAAAAAGCAGUAACAACUUCGGUUUAGAUUACAAGCUUGGCUUGCGUUGGAAGCACAGCCACAUAUCCAGAAGGAAGACUGCAGGGUAGCUUAACAAUGGCCACGGUCUCCAUCUGUACAAAUUUUUCCACUUCAUUCAUUUCUAACACAUGUUGCACAAGAUUAUCGUCCAUACCCUCUUCAUCCUCGGCUUCAAAAUGCUCUAUAUCACUACCCAAAGCAAAAAUCUCCUUCCAAAGCAAACAUCCAAUUACGCUGACAAGAAUAAUGGCAUACUCUUCAUUUGAAGGAAAAGAAGAAACACCGGAAGAACCACAGGAAGAAGAAGGUGGAGAAGAGAAAGAAGAAGAGGAGGAGGUAGAAAAACCAGAAGCCCCAUUUAGAAGUACAUACUUUGAUGACGUGAUGGAAGAGUCAGAACUACAAAUUGCUAAAGCCUUCGAGGCUAUGUAUGGACCCGCCUACAGUGGAAUCAGUGUGCUGGGCAACGAUGUGGAUGAGAUGGAUGAUAGAUUCGAUCCUAGGGGGAUGAGAAAGGUAGUGAGGAUAAGGGACGGCUUUGAGGAGGCGGUGGUGCAGGUGAAGAGGGUGACAAAAGUGGUGAAGGGUGGGAGGUACAGUCGAAUGAGGGCUAUUUUAGUGGUGGGUGAUAGGAAGGGCAAGGUGGGUGUUGGCGUGGGCAAGGCCACUGAUCUCUCUGGUGCCAUGCAGAAGGCUGGUGUGGAUGCGCGGAGGCACCUCGUCUCUGUCCCCUUGACUAAGAACCUCACUUUUCCUCACAGGGCUGAGGGUCAUUGUGGUGCUGCUAAAGUGAUGCUUAGACCUGCUCCCGCUGGUAGUGGUGUCAGUGCUGGUGGUGCUGUGAGGCUUAUGUUAGAACUUGCCGGUAUACAGAAUGGAUUGGGAAAACAAUUAGGCUGUGAUAAUGCUCUAAAUAAUUGCAGGGCUGUUAUUGAUGCUUUUUCGCAAAUGAGGACUUUUCAGGAGGUCUCAGAGCUUCGUGGGAUACCAAUUGAGGAGCUAUGGAAAUGAUUUUUUUCUUUUUCUUUUUGGUACAACAUCCUUUGAUUUUCAGUUUGGAAAAACCUUAAAGGUUUUUGUAGGGGUUUCACAAGUUUGUUGUGAACCUUCGUUGAUGCCAUUGUGUAAUUGAAUCAGAUGGAUAAUUCUGUUUUGGGGAUACCAUUCUUUUCUUUGUCUUUAAAGCCAACAGAUCAACAAUUUUAGUUUUACAUUAAUUUUACGAUUCUUUUUCAGCACUCUGGGGCUUGCUGUCUGCAGCUUGGAAAUUGGAAUCUUUUUUGAUUUAAAAAUGAACAAGCUGUUCUGGCUUUGUUUAA